UACAUCAGCUAGUGUUGAUCUUACUAAAACAGUCUGGAAAUGUGGUGCUUUUGCGGUUUGCUCUUUCCGGAAAUCAUUUGUUCCCUCCCACCAGCAGCUCACAACAGCGAAGCCUGAGCCGUAUUUCUGACGCUUUUAACAUCAAUAUGAACAAACCAUCAAUGUUUCGUCUUAAAUAAAUUCAGAGAUUUUGAGAAAAGACCAUGAGUGAAGAGGAAGAGGUGCCAUUGAUGAAGAGUGAACGGGCCUGCAGUCAGCAGUCCAGCUGUGAGUCUGCCCUGCAUGUGCAUCUGUACUACAGUCCCAGCUUAAACUCAGAGACCUCCUUCAGCAUCCCCACUGGACAUGUGACAGCUGAGAGUGUGUGUGUGCUCGCUGCUAAAGCCAGCGGAAUUCUUCCUGUGUACCACAACCUGUUUGCUUUGGCAUCAGAGGAUCUUUCAUACUGGUAUCCACCAACUCAUGUGUUUAAGAGUGAGGAGCCCGUCAAAGUUUACUAUAGAGUGAGGUUUUUCUUCUCAAGCUGGUUUGGACAAGGGUCGAGAGCAUCUUACCGUGUCAGCCUCAGCAGGGGUCGAAUCUUUGCUGUGCUGGACUAUGCUGUCAUUGACUAUGUUUUUGCUCAGUCCCGCAGUGACUUUGUGUCUGGAUGUGGUGGGAUUUCUCCUGCUUUGAGUUUGCAGCAGGAAUGUUUAGGUUUGGCAGUGCUGGAUCUGUGGCGUUUGGCCAAAGAGAGAAACCAGAGCCUUGCAGAGAUCAGCAAUACAACAAGCUACAAGUCCUGCCUCCCAGAGACUCACCGACAGGACAUCCAGCGCAUGAACCGCCUGGCGCGGUAUCAGAUCCGCAAAACACUGAAGCGCUUUCUGAAGAAGCUGGGCAAGUGCCCGGCAGGAGAGCGAAGCCUGAAGCUCAAGUACCUCAUGAAGCUGAGUGAACUGGAGCCGGAUUAUGGUUCAGAGAGCUUCACCCUCCACCACUCCGGAUGGUUGGAGCAGAGCGAGCAGCAGAGGGUUCAAGCCGUCAAAGUGUCCGGAGAGGGAGGCAUUCAGAUACAGAAAACAGACAGACAGGAAUGGCAGACGUUCUGUGACUUCCCCCAGAUCAUAGACAUUAGCAUUAAGCGUCUCUGUCAAGAACAGAUGCCUCUAGAAGGAAGGGUGGUCACUCUCACACGCCAGGAUGACCAGUGCAUGGAAGCUGAGUUUCAAACCCUGACGGAUGCCCUUUCCUUUGUAUCUCUGGUUGAUGGAUAUUUUAGACUGACCACAGAUUCAACUCACUAUUUCUGCGCAGAGGUGGCCCCACCAAGCCUGUUGGAGGACAUACAGAAUAACUGCCAUGGCCCGAUCACGUCAGAUAUUGCGGUGCACAAGCUUAAGAAAGCUGGAGGCAAGAAUGGGAUGUUUCUUUUACGCCACAGUCCUAAGGAAUUUGACAAGUACUUCCUGACAGUUUGUAUACAGACUCCUUUGGGGAUGGAUUACAAGGACUGCCUGAUAGAGAAAAAUGAGAAGUUCAGUCUGGCUGGGAUCCACAACUCAUUCGUCUACCUGAAACAGCUCAUCAACUUCUAUCAGCUCAGUACGCUUCUCGUUUCAGACAUCCCCGUCACCCUGGGCAAGUGUUGCCCACCCAGACCAAAAGAGCUCACAAACAUGAUCAUCAUCCGUAACAGCAGUAUGACUGAGAUACCCAGUUCCCCCACGUUACAGAGACACAAACCAAGCCACAUGCAGUUCCACAUGAUUAAACACGAGGACCUCACCUGGAGUGAAAGUUUAGGUCAAGGUUCCUUCACGCACAUCUUUAGAGGCAGUAAAACAGACCAGAGGGAUGGAGUAACACACUCCACCGAGGUCCUUUUGAAAGUCCUGGAUGCAAAUCAUAAAAACUGCUGGGAGUCUCUUUUCGAGGCAGCCAGUUUGAUGAGUCAAAUCUCCCACAGGCACCUUCUUUUGGUGUAUGGCAUAAGCGUGCACAAAUCCAAAAACAUCAUGGUGCAGGAGUUUGUGAAGCACGGCGCACUGGACCUGUACCUGAAGAGGAGCACGUGUGUCUCAGUCAGCUGGAAACUAGACGUGGCCAAACAACUGGCCUGUGCUCUCAACUUCCUGGAGGAGAAAAAUAUUGCACAUGGGAAUAUUUGUGCAAAGAAUCUGCUGUUGGUCAGAGAGGGCGACUCACCCUUCAUUAAACUGAGUGACCCUGGCAUCAGCAUGUCCUUGCUGGGCAAAGAUGUGGUGUUGGACCGAAUCCCAUGGGUGGCCCCAGAGGUUCUGGAUACACUUGAGAUUGAACUGGAGUGUGACAAGUGGAGCUUUGGGACAACACUGUGGGAGAUUUUCAACGGUGGAGAAUCUCCAUUACAGGGCCUGGACCUCAUGCAGAAGCUGCAGUUUUAUGAGAACUUCUCAAACCUUCCCACGCUGGAGUGGACUGAACUUGCUGAGCUGAUCUCUCAGUGUAUGCAGUACCAGCCUGAGCUCAGACCAUCCUGCAGGAGCAUCAUCCGACAGCUCAACAGCCUCAUCACUUCAGACUAUGAGAUCCUUCAUGCGACUGACACACUGCCCGAGAGCGAUGGCUUCUGGAAGAAACUGAACAUAUUCAAAAAGCAACAGGAGGAUGUUUUUGAGGAGAGAUACCUGCGAUUCAUCUCUGUUCUGGGGAAAGGUAACUUUGGCAGUGUUGAGCUUUGUCGUUACGAUCCGUGGGGUGAUAACACCGGUGAACUGGUCGCUGUUAAGGAACUUCAGUCUAACAAACAAGCCACCAUGGCAGAUUUCCAGAGAGAAAUCCAGACCAUCAGCUCCCUGCACUGUGACUACAUUGUCAAAUACAAGGGCAUUUGCUACAGUACAGGUCGGCUGAGCACAAAACUGGUGAUGGAGUAUCUUCCAUACGGCAGUCUGAUUGGAUAUAUGGAGAAACACAGACAGAAUGUGGGCAACCGUAAACUAUUGCUAUUUGCCUCGCAGAUAUGUAAGGGAAUGGAGUACUUGCAAAGCAUGCGUUAUGUCCACCGUGAUCUAGCUGCACGCAAUAUCCUAGUCGCCAGCGACACUUUGGUGAAAAUUGCAGAUUUUGGGCUGACCAAGAUCAUACCGGUGGAUAAAGAGUACUAUCGUGUCACACAGCCAGGAGAAAGUCCUGUUUUCUGGUAUGCACCUGAAUCCAUUUCAGAACUGAAAUUCUCCCACAAGUCAGAUGUAUGGAGUUUUGGCAUUGUUUUACACGAGCUCUUUUCUUACUGUGACAUCAGUCAAAACCCCAAAAAGUUGUGCAUCCAGAAGAUUGGAAGUUAUGUCCAUAGUCCAUCCAUGGCCAUCCAUCUUCUCAAUCUUCUCAAGAGUAACUGGAGAUUACCAGAACCAGCUCAGUGUCCACCAAAGGUGCACAGUAUUAUGACACAGUGCUGGGAGUUCAACAGCGAGAACAGGCCAAGCUUCUCUUCUUUAAAAGAUCUGAUUGAGAAUAGCCUGUUAGAUGAGAGAGAAGGAUGUAAAGGGUAAACUCAGAGUUAA